AAAGCAGUCCGUCAUUCAUUAGUGGUGGCUUUCUUCGUGUGCCUCGAAAGAGAUUUAGUGUUUUGUGAUUUACGAUGAAGACCACAAAAGAAGGAUCCCCCGUUGCUAUUCUUUCUUUUGUAUCACAUAUAGGAUUUUCUGUUUGCAAGAUAAGUCUUUCUUGUAAACACUCAGUGACCUUGUUGCCAUGCACCAAGAAUGGGCAACGACUUACCCUUGGUGGAAGACGUUCGAAGGCCAAAGGUUAUGAAAGGAUUGUUGCCACAGGAACGGAUGCACUUUCCUUUGCAAGUCCUGAACAAACAAAACAACCGAAGAAUCACAAGUCUGACAACCAGCGUCACUUGAAAACGGCGCCGUUGUUUUCUCCCCUCGGUGAGAACUUUGGUGAGAGUGCAGGACAGGCCUACAAGGGCUCGAAAAUAAUUGUUUGGUUUAGAAAUGAUCUUCGCUUACACGAUAAUCCUGCGUUAUUCCGGGCAGCAGAGGAAGGUAGUCUGAUACUGCCCGUUUAUUGUUUUGACCCUAGGCAGUUUGGCAAAACUUCCUUUGGUUUUGAGAAAACGGGUCGGUAUCGCGCGCAGUUUUUAAUUGAUUCAGUGGAAGACCUUCGAAAGUCUUUUCGUGCGAAAGGAAGUGAUUUAAUAGUUCGCCUUGGUCGUCCGGAAGAAGUAUUGCCCGAACUUUGCCGUCAGACUGGGUGUAAACGAGUGUUUUGUCACAGAGAAGUCACUUACGAAGAUCUCAUUGUGGAAGAAGAUGUGGGAGAUGCUUUGGAGAGUAUUGGAGUAGAGAUGACCCUCUUAUGGAGCAAUACUCUUUAUCAAGCUGAGGAUCUGCCUUUUCAGGUUGAGAAUAUGCCGGAUAUUUAUACCAAGUUUCGUGAAAGUGUUGAGACUGGUGGAAAGAUAAGAGAACCUUUGGAACUUUCUGAAGCUUUUCCACCUAGGCCUCGUUGUGAACCUGGUGAAAUUCCAACACUCACUGAACUUGGAUUAGAUGCGUCUCCAGAGCGAAUUCCCGGUGAAUCGAAUCCUCGUAGUAUUCAUGGUUUCAGAGGAGGAGAGUCGGAAUCUUUGAAAAGAAUGGAAGAUUACCUUUCUGAGAUGAGAAGCACGGAAAUAAGUUCCACUACUGCCGGAGCCUAUUUGGGUGCCGAUUUUUCUUGCAAGAUUUCACCUUGGCUAGCGUUGGGUUGUAUCAGUCCUAGGAAGAUCUAUCACGAAGUGAAUGGCUCCAGUGUUCCUGAAGAUGUGCGGAAAACUACCUAUUUUGAACUUGUUUGGAGGGACUUUUUCCGUUUCAUUACACAGAAAUACGGAAAUAUUCGUUUAGAGAAGAGCCGUCAUUCAUCAAGUAGUAAACGCAAGGUUCCAUCUGGCAAUCAGUUUGUGGCAACUUGUGGAUAAAGAAAUAGUUGUUCGUUGUUUGAGUAAAAUCCGCCAAUAUUUUUCGCUCUCUUGUCAGUUUUUAUCG